UCAUGAACCAACUUUAACCGAAACAAAAAUUAAUUAAAAAAAUUGUUCGCUGCAUUUAACUCUAAUCUGUGAAAAUGAACUCUAAAGUGAUUAGUGCCGUGCUUGCUGUUUCUUUCGUUGUCGUCGUUGCCGCAGGACCUGUAGUAGAUGAUAGCAAAGGGCAUAUCAAUUUGAUCCAAUCAAACGAGCCAACGAUCGAAGAAUCAUUAAUGAAAAAACUGAACACGAAGUGCUCUAAUCGCGACAUGAGUUCUUGCAUGAUGCUGAAGUUGGUGACAUAUUUCAACCGCCUUAUGAAAAAAUCGAACAUAGAUUUCGGGGAUGUGGAAAUCACUCAAACUUCCACGGAAACCAUCAACUACGACACCGGAAGAAGUCUGAACGAUAUCGAAAAAAUGUCGGAAGAAGAGCAAUUGAGUCAAUACUUGGUUGAUAAAGUUUCGAACUUCGCUCGCACGAGGGCGCUGAAGUGGAAGAUGGUGGAUGGCGCCGAUGUGGUAGUAUCAGGAAAGUCCAACAAAGAUGGCAGCUUAAACUUGGAUCUAUCUCUUCGCCCUAACUCAGAUGGAGUGGAAGAAGGUCGUAAGAAGAAGAAUCAAGACGGAAUGCAAGCCUUAAUUGCAGCUGCCGUGUUGAAAGCAGCUUUGUUGAAAGCGCUUGCCUUCAAGGCUCUAGUAUUCCUUGUAGGAAAAGCUCUUCUUGUCAGCAAGCUCGCCUUAGUUUUAGCAGCCGUCAUCGGACUGAAGAAACUAUUCCACCAGGAAAAACACGUGACUUAUGAAGUAGUGGCUCACCCUCAUCAUGAACAUGUCCACGAUGUUCACCAUGCCGAGCACGGACAUUCAGGUGGUGGCUACGAUGGCGGUCAUGGUGGAUGGGGACGAAACUUCGACGGUCAAGCAGCACAAAAUUUGGCUUAUAACGCUCAUGUCCCAUCCAACUAAACGAUGCAAUUUGAAAAUGAUGCUCUCUUAGCUACACCAUAUUGGUGCUGUGCUUUAUUUAAAUGAAAAUUAUUUAUUUUUUU